AUGAAAUGCAGCGGAAAGGUAGGGUACUUCUUUAACCUGAAAAAGGAGUACGGAGAGAAGAGGGCGGCUACCCUGUUAAGGACCCUGGAGGAGGAGAAAACGGUCCAAGGAGCAUUCAUAACAGAUUUUGUAAAAGUAGAUUAUCUGAAUUUGACAAAAAUUCUCUUAUUCAUGGUGAGGACAAAUAAGGUGGAGACAAGUUUCGAUGGUUUGUAUGUAGAUGCGGCGUAUGCACAUUUGCUGUCCUAUGGGGGGGUAGCGGUCUCCCCGGGGGAACGUCAAAACGGUGUUAUCCCAUCCUCAGGGGUGAAUCCAACAGAGGUAAAUACAGAACAGGUGAAUACCGAACAGGUGAAUCACAUCGAAACGCAGAAAGAAACGUACCAAAGUGGAGCGACCGCCCUGAUUAACCACCCAGGCGAAAAUUACGAAAAAAUAAUAAUUCCCAAGUUAGAACUACUAAACGCAGGUGAUAUAAUGAAGCACGAUGGGGAGGUGGAAAAUAUGGACAAAGCCAUCUACUACUUAAACCCCUGUUCUGUCCUGUCAGCAUAUUUUCUGGAUGUAAAGAAGAACGAAAAUGUGCUGGAUAUGUGUGCAUCCCCAGGGGGAAAGUCCCUAGUCAUCGCAAACCAGCUCUUCGGGUAUGACACCUCCCCAAUGAAGAGAAUAAAAAACAUGGAAUACCUAAAGGAUGGAAGUGUACAAAUUACAUGCUCACUAGAUAUGGUGAAUUAUUACACCAUGAACAGACAAGGGUUCUUUGUUGCGAACGAAUUUAACCGAGUAAGGUACGACAGAUUGAAACAGGUACUGAGCAAACAUCUGCCAAAAGAUCUGCUGACGUCGAAUAAUUUUCACGUCACAAAUUACAAUGGACUAAAUGUGAACUCCUUUUUAAGGUUCCCAAGGUUCCACAAAAUAUUGCUAGACGUUCCUUGUUCCACGGACGAGCAUUUAAUAAAAAAAAAAAAAAAUGAUUUGCUGAACAAGUGGACAGAUAAGGUGAUAAAAAAUAACGCAAGUUUACAAUUCGAGUUGUUAAAUAACUCCUUCCAACUUUUACACACAAAUGGCACGCUCGUUUAUUCGACUUGUGCUCUUUCUCAUCAGGAGAAUGAUCAUGUGAUUGAGAAGCUUUUAAAAAAAUAUAAAAAGCAAGUUCAAAUUGUUGACUUUGUGAAGGAAGAGUAUCAGAAACGGUUCAGCAGUGAUCAUUGCGAUCGUUUAUUUGUCGAAUCUUUUGAAGGUCAACCCGUUGGGGAGGACCCCACCAGCGGCGUGACACUGCGCGAGGGAGAACAUAACCGUCAGCAGCAUGGGGAUAGACCCAUUGAGGGUGAUAGCAUUCCCCGUGACGGGCCGAGCACCAACUUCCUAUCCUUCUUCGAGAAGACCAAAUAUGGCUACAUUUCCCUGCCAGAUAGAUCACCCUUUGGAAUUUUAUACAUUUGUAAGAUUCGAAAAAUUUGA